AAGAAGGCAGCCCCAAGGCAAGGUCUCCUUAAGUGGGGAGGACCCCCCGGCCGCUCCGCCAAGGCCUUGUGCGCUCGUGUGGCCAGACUGUGAGCCUCUGGGGAGACGCAAGCCAGCGGAAGGAAAGAAAGGGACGCCAGUGAUCAAAGCCACAUAAUGUCAGUAGUUCGUUCAUCCGUCCAUGCCAAAUGGAUCGUGGGGAAGGUGAUUGGGACAGCAAUGCAAAAAACAGCUAAAGUGAGGGUGACCAGGCUUGUUUUGGAUCCCUACUUAUUAAAGUAUUUUAAUAAACGGAAAACCUACUUUGCUCAUGAUGCUCUUCAGCAGUGCACAGUUGGGGAUAUCGUGCUUCUCAAAGCUCUACCUGUCCCACGAACAAAGCAUGUGAAACAUGAACUGGCCGAGAUCGUUUUCAAAGUUGGACAAGUCAUAGAUCCAGUGACCGGAAAACCCUGUGCAGGAACUACCUACCUGGAAAGCCCAGUCAGCUUGGAAACUACCCGCUUAACCAAAAAUCAGGAAGAACUGAAUAGCUCUUUAGCACAGUGAAGGACGAUUGGAAGGAGACAAAGGGAAAGAUUUAUAAGUUUGCUUUACAGAAAAAGAAAUUUUUCUAAAUUUCAUUACAAACUGUCCAAUUUCUCUUCUGGUAUUUAUGGAAUAGCUAAAAGUAAAUGAAGUAAAGGCCUUGUUAAAAUUU